AUGGCUAAAGGAAGCUGUGCCUGUGGCGAGGUCACAUUCGAGUACCAGGGUGAACCAGCAGGAAAGGCCGCUUGCCAUUGCAUUCCCUGUCGAAAGACAUCUGGUACGACCAACUCCUACAACCUGAUGAUCCCAAGCGACAAGUACAAGAUUCUCUCGGGCUCUCUCAGAACUUGGACAAGAAAGGGCGACAGCGGCAAGAGUGUCACAUACAACUACUGUUCAAACUGCCCUACCAUUCUUUACGUAACAGGUGAGGCCAUUGAGGGUAUCAAUAUCGUGAAGAUGGGCACUCUUGACGAUCAGAACGACAUUGAAAACUUGGGAAAGCCUGGUCUCGAGAUCUAUACCAAGAACCGUCCUCAGUGGUGUGACGCCAUCUCAGGUGCUCAGCAAAAGGAAGCAGGCCGUAACUCUUAA